AUGAUUACGGACGAUAAUAGUAAUCAUCACCGAGAAACUUCAAAUUGGCAUAUUAAUGUAAAUGAGAAUGAACCAUUGUUAUUCACUGAAGAGUCAAAUAUUCAAGAAGAAAAGAAACAUGAUAAACAGUUAGUAACAAAAACACCGACAAAUGAUAUCAUAGAAUCAUUCAGACUUGAAAGAAGUUCUACUCAUUGUCAUAUACCAGAUGCAAAAUUUGAUUAUGGUGCAAGAAAUAGAUUAAUUAUCGUACUCUUGCUAUGUAUUGUUUUUAUGAUAAUCGAAAUUGUUGGUGGUGUACUAUCGAAUUCAACGGCGGUGAUUACAGAUGCAGCGCACAUGGCAAUAGACGUAGCCAGUUUUGUUAUAUCAUUAACAGCCAUGUAUCUUGGAACGAAAAGACCAACGCCACGAUUAUCUUUUGGUUAUUCAAGAGCAGAAGUACUUGGUGCAUUAAUGAGUGUACUCACAAUAUGGUUGGCCACUGGUGUGCUUGUUUAUAUGGCAAUACAACGUUGUAUAAAUCAAAAUUUUACUGUUAAUUCGUUGGAAAUGAUAAUCACUGCUUCUUGUGGUGUCUUAUUCAAUAUAGUUAUGUUUUUUGUGUUACACGCCAAUGAUUGUAACAGUAUUCCUCACCAUGGACACAGCCACGGUACUAUGGAACACGGUCAUAGUCAUUCACAUCAAAAUCAUAAACAAAUUAAUGAAGAUACUUCACCGGCGAUCGCAACAGAUAUCAUGGUUGAUGUUGAACCUUCAAGUAUCAUGCAGAAACCGGAGAAAAAACGUCUACGUCGUCCUACUCAUGAUAUUAAUGUGAGAGCUGCUAUCAUUCAUGUUAUUGGCGAUUUUGCACAAAGUGUUGGGGUGUUAGUAGCAGCCAUUGUUAUUAAAUUUAAAGUAAGAGGAUUUUUAUAUCGAACUGUGCCCCAUCAUAUCGAUUAUUUAGAUGUUAUUGAAGAUUUAUUGCGAAUUCCAGGCGUUCGAAAUGCUCAUAGUCUACAUAUUUGGUCAUUAUCAAUGAAAAAAGCGGCUCUAUCUGUUCAUAUUGUUGUUGAUUCGGAUCAUAAUCAUUUAGCUCUUUUACAUCAAGCACAAGAUAUAUUACGCCGUGAACAUUCCAUUGAUCGCACUACAAUACAAAUUGAAGAAUACGAUGAUAUUAUGGCAUUCUGUGAAAAUUGUAAAAGACCGGGAGUAUAA